CGGGUCAGCCGGAUGUGACGUCAGUGUCGGAAACACUGUCAGGAAUAAUGCACGUGUUUGAGGGAGCUGCAGAAAGAACAUGAGCGAUCAGCGCUGGCUGGAAGAAAGGCCCAAGAGAGGACACAAAAGCGUUCAAACCGACAUUUUAUGCUGACUUACCUCCCGUUAAAGGACAGCCAGACGACAGGACUCUUCCUGGGUGCUCAGAGGCGCGCGAAGCUGGACGACAGUUGGCUUGUUAACUGACCGAAAAGGAGAACGACACACCGGGGCGAAGGAAGAAAGUUCUGGGUCCCUGUUCGCGGGCCUGUCUGUUGUUGUCUGUGUAGUCGCUCGUUGCCUUAGCAGCUUGUUAAGUUAAUUCCGUAUUAGUUCAACUCUGAAGGACUGGUGAGAGUUUAUUUGGACGUCAUGGCGGACUACCUGAUCAGCGGGCAGACCGGUUACAUCCCCGAUGAUGGGCUGUCGGGACAGCAGCUGUUCAACGGAGGAGACGGGCUCACAUACAACGACUUCCUGAUUCUGCCGGGCUACAUCGACUUCGCAUCAGACCAAGUGGACCUGACCUCAGCGCUCACCAAACAAAUCACCAUGAAAACUCCUUUCGUCUCCUCUCCCAUGGACACCGUCUCAGAGGCCAACCUGGCUAUCGCUAUGGCACUAACAGGUGGCAUCGGCUUCAUCCACCACAACUGCACUCCAGAGUUCCAGGCCAACGAAGUUCGCAAAGUCAAGCGUUAUGAGCAGGGCUUCAUCACGGACCCCGUGGUGAUGAGCCCCAAAGAGCGUGUUCGGGACGUCUUCCAAGCCAAGGCUCGCCACGGCUUCUGUGGAAUCCCCAUCACAGACAGCGGGAAAAUGGGCGGCAGGCUGGUGGGCAUCAUCUCUUCCAGAGACAUCGACUUCCUGAAGGAGGAGGACCACAACCUGCCACUGAGCGAGGUGAUGACGAAGAGAGAGGAUCUAGUGGUCGCCCCUGCUGGAGUGACGCUGAAAGAAGCCAAUGAAAUCCUCCAGAGGAGUAAGAAAGGUAAGCUGCCUAUAGUGAAUGAAGAGGGCUCCCUAGUGUCCAUCAUCGCCCGCACUGACCUGAAGAAGAACAGAGACUUCCCUCUGGCCUCUAAAGACUCUCGCAAACAGCUACUGUGUGGCGCCGCCAUCGGCACCCACAACGAUGACAAGUACCGACUGGACCUGCUGGUGCAGAGCGGGGUGGAUGUGGUUGUACUGGACUCGUCUCAGGGCAACUCGAUCUACCAGAUCAACAUGAUCAAAUAUAUCAAAGAAAAGCAUCCACACCUGCAGGUCAUCGGCGGAAAUGUGGUGACCGCAGCUCAGACGAAGAACCUGAUAGAUGCAGGAGUGGACGGGCUGAGAGUCGGGAUGGGUAGCGGCUCCAUCUGCAUCACACAGGAAGCUUCCCUCAGUGUACCACCAGCAAUAAAGCUCCACAGCCCCAAAACCUCAACCACUGUUACGGGAUACUCCAUGCUGGCGUGCGGCAGACCCCAAGCCACAGCUGUCUACAAGGUGUCGGAGUACGCCAGGCGUUUUGGUGUGCCGGUCAUCGCUGAUGGCGGCAUCCAGACUGUUGGGCACAUUGCCAAAGCCCUGGCACUGGGAGCAUCCACAGUGAUGAUGGGCUCUCUGCUGGCUGCCACCAGUGAAGCUCCUGGGGAAUAUUUCUUCUCUGACGGCAUCAGGCUGAAGAAAUACCGUGGCAUGGGCUCCCUGGAUGCCAUGGACAAAAACCUGGGCUCCCAGACCAGAUACUUCAGUGAGUGCGAUAAGAUUAAAGUUGCUCAGGGUGUUUCUGGAGCGGUGCAGGACAAAGGCUCCAUCCACCAGUUUGUUCCCUACCUGCUGGCUGGCACUCAGCACUCCUGUCAGGACAUCGGAGCCAAGAGCCUCACACAGCUCAGAGCCAUGAUGUACUCUGGAGAUCUGAAGUUUGAAAAGAGAACAACUUCAGCUCAGGUGGAGGGUGGAGUCCACGGCCUUCACAGUUAUGAGAAGCGUCUGUUUUGAGAAGAAGCCAGCCGCUCAGCCUGCAGAUGAAGAAUCCUUUUAACAGACUCAUUAUGCAAACACACUACAUGCAGACCCUCUUGCAUUCAUUCUCUACACACACACACACACACACACACACACACACACACACCUUCUCAUACAAAUUGCUCUUUUAAGAUAAGCCUUCACUCUUCCAAGGAUCCAUCAAGUCUUCCUGCCAGUGUCAUCUAUGCAUUGUCUUUGUUUAGUGUGUGUGUGUGUGUGUGUGUGUGUGUGCGCGUGUGCGUGCGUGUGAAGAGGGGGAACUAAGCAUUUAUCAAUCAGUGCACGUGUGAUUGAGUCCUCCAAUGCCUUUCAUGUUGUGAUUAAAAUAAAUGUCUAGUGUGUCCAUUUUAAGGCAAAAAAGUUGUCCGAUAAUAAAGCUUCUGUGUUUUUCCACAA